CACUCACCGAGUCAUCACACCGACCAACCAGCAGACUUUCUCUUCCUCCACCCACAAGCCAACGGGCACCAUUCUCCCAACCACCUCAGUCCAAGGGACAGGUCCCACACACUCAGCCCCACCUCUGACGAGCACCACCAGUGGGACCAGCCAUGCCCACAGCUCAUUCAGCACAGCCAGAACCUCCACAUCUUCAGUGUCAAACACACACCAUGAAUCCACAACUGCAUCUGCAACCACCAUCACUCCCAUGUCCACUAGUAGGGGUACGGGGACCCCAACGGCACACACCAGCUCCACCACUCCCAACAGCCCCCACACCCCUUUCACCACAUCCUCGCCACCCACGCUUUCUGUCUCUUCCACACCACACAGCACUGGAACCCCCUCAAGAACAUCCUUCAAGACCACCACCGUCCUCUCAUCUCCACCUGCCCCUCAUACCACAAUGUCUACUCUAGUUCCUACAUAUUCCACCUCCUCAGUCACUCCCACCACUGAACGAGUCAUCACACCUACCCAAGAACACACAAUUUCUACCUCGACUCCCAAGCCAACAGGCACUUUUAUUCCGACUACCUCAAUCCAAGGGACAGGUCACACUCUCUCAUCCCCUCCACACACAGGCACAACAAAGGGGACCAGCCAGACCCAAAGCCCAUUCAGCACAGUUAAAACCUCUGCUUCCCCAGUUUCUCACACACCCCACCAUAAAUCCACAUCAGCAUCUGCUUCCACCAUCACUCCCAAAACCACAAUUAGAGGAACUGGGACCCCAGUGGCCUACACCAGCUCCGAAACCCCCAACAGGCCACACACCCCCUUCACCACAUAUUCACCAUCCACACUUUCCACACCACACACCACUGGAACUCCCUCGGGGACAUCAUUCAAGACCACCUCCAUCGUUCCAUCUCCAUCUGGCCCUCACACCACACUUCCAACUCUUGUUCCCACAUUUUCUACCUCCUCGGUCACGCCAUCCACUCACCGAGUCAUCACACCGACCAACCAGCAGACUUUCUCUUCCUCCACCCACAAGCCAACGGGCACCAUUCUCCCAACCACCUCAGUCCAAGGGACAGGUCCCACACACUCAGCCCCACCUCUGACGAGCACCACCAGUGGGACCAGCCAUGCCCACAGCUCAUUCAGCACAGCCAGAACCUCCACAUCUUCAGUGUCAAACACACACCAUGAAUCCACAACUGCAUCUGCAACCACCAUCACUCCCAAGCCCACUAGUAGGGGUACUGGGACCCCAGGUGUAUACACCUCUACCACCCCUAAAGGUUCACACACUCCUUUCACCACACACCAGCAAUCCACACUAUCUGUCUUAUCCACACCACACACCACAGGAACCCCCUCAAGAACAUCAUUCAAGACCACCACCAUCCUUCCAUCUCCAUCUGGCCCUCACACCACAUUUUCUACUCUCAGUCCCACAUUUUCAACAUCCUCUGUCACUCCAACCACUCACCGGGCCAUCACACCUACCCACCAGCAGACCUUAUCCACCUCCUCUCUCAAGACCACAGGAUCCAUUCUCCCAACCACCUCAGUCCAGAGCACAGGUCCCACACACUCAGUUCCACCACUGACGAGCACCACCAGUGGGACCAGCCAUGCCCACAGCUCAUUCAGCACAGCCAGAACCUCCACAUCUUCAGUUCCUACACCCCCA